UGCGGACAUUGCCCUGGGCGUCUUGGUGGUGGCGAGUGACUCUCGCAGCGGUUGUCAGCGGCUUGACGUCCCCAGACGCUGUGCGGUGCGCCGGUAUACCCCAGGAAUUAGGUAGCCUGCAUACCUUGCAUUUCUGCACUGAUCCCCGUCUGUGGACCUCGGUGCCCCCUCCUUGCUUCCCUCGUGGUUUUCCUCUCUUUGGACCCGCACGUUUCAGAAAUCCAGCGUGGGACGAUGGUGUGCAUUCCUUGUAUCGUCAUUCCAGUGCUGCUCUGGAUCUUCAAAAAGUUCCUGGAGCCAUACAUAUACCCCGUGGUCAGUCGCAUAUGGCCGAGAAAAGCUGUACAGCAAUUGGACAAUAAGAAUACGGGCAAGGUAGACUGCAAGGGUGCAGAUACAAAUGGAUUCUCCACAAAAGGACCAACAGAGGUCUCCGAUAAAAAGAAAGACUAGUGUGGUUCUCUUGAAGGCCCUGGGCUGUUUCCAAAUGGACCUGAUAACAUGAAGCACCUUCUCUGUCUCUGACCUUUUUUCUCUGAGACCAGGAUUCUAGAUAAAUAGUUUAGCUUCUGCCUGAUACUAAUCAGGGAGUACAGGUAUUUAUAUUUAAAAUUCCAGUAGUUAUAUUUAAUGAGCAUACCUACGUUCCCUUUUCAUUAAAGUAGCUUUCAUUUCUAUUAUUCCGUUUUACUGAUAGGAACAAAUAGGAGGUCUGUGUGAGCAGACACUCAGAGCCCAGUCCUUAGGCCUUUGCCUUCUUUCUCAUGAGUUUGCCGUUUUCACUUCCCGUGGGUUCUUGUACCUUGAGUGGGAGGAGUCUUAGCGUGACACAGGGCGGUCCGUGGUGGGAUGCGAUGUGAUUACUGAUCACUACCAAGCGCAGUGGCCAGCAGAUGGCCGAGAAUAGUCACUGCUCCGAGGAAGCUGGGAAAGGUCUAACAUCAACAUCAUCGUCAGUCACACAACUUCUAAUUCUCUGUACUUCUAGUCCUGACAAUGUAUUAAACACCCAUUUAACUUGUG